AACAUUUCUGUAAACAACACGCGACGCGACGACGAAUGUUUGCUUUCGGUUCAUCAAAAAUCAGUAAAACGCUAUUUUCCACAGUAAAAGAAAUUGUGCGCUAAUUGAAAAGUGAUUAAGCUAUGGAGGAAGUGCAGCGCCAUUCAGUGCACACGCUAGUGUUCCGUUCCUUGAAGAGAACUCACGAUUUCUUCGUGGCGAAUCAAUCGCUGCUCCCGGAGAUGGAUGAAAACCUGGAAAAAUCUAAAUAUUCCAUCAAAGCGCGCGAUUCAUACGGACUAGUGUUUGAUCGAGUGGCCAAUGCCAAAAAUGUAUCCAUCAGACGAAGCGAAGUACUCAGAACGGAAGCCGGACCAAAUCCGACUCAGGAUCACAUGCUGGCGAUCACUGCCGGAGGUGAACAGGAUCAAGGUGCAAAUACCCAAUCCGCUCUGCUGCCAGUUGGUGCGUCACAGAGCAGCCAGAAUACAAACUCCAACACUGUCCAGAUACUGCCAAAAAAGGCACCCACAAUCCCGAAACCGAAGUGGCACGCCCCCUGGAAGCUUUGCCGUGUCAUUUCCGGUCACUUGGGAUGGGUACGGUGCGUUGCGGUAGAGCCGGGUAACGAAUGGUUCGCCACUGGGGCUGCGGAUCGGGUGAUUAAGAUCUGGGACUUGGCCAGUGGCAAGCUGAAGCUAUCGUUGACGGGCCACGUAAGUACCGUCAGGGGGCUCUGCGUGAGUCCACGACAUCCCUAUCUUUUCAGCUGUGGAGAGGAUCGUCAGGUGAAAUGCUGGGACUUGGAGUACAAUAAGGUCAUUCGGCACUACCAUGGGCACUUGUCCGCAGUGUACACCAUGGCCCUCCAUCCGACGAUUGAUGUCCUGGUCACGGCUGGACGAGAUUCUACCGCCCGAGUGUGGGAUAUGAGGACCAAGGCCAAUAUUCACACCCUGGGGGGUCACACGAACACGGUGGCCAGUGUGGUUUGUCAGGCGGCCAAUCCUCAGGUGAUAACCGGAAGUCACGACUCGACCGUACGUCUGUGGGAUCUUGCAGCGGGUAAAAGCAUGUGCACGCUUACGAAUCACAAGAAGAGCGUUCGGAGUAUCGUCCUGCAUCCGUCGCUAUACAUGUUUGCAUCGGCCUCACCGGAUAAUAUCAAACAGUGGCGUUGCCCCGAGGGAAAUUUCAUUCAGAACCUGAACGGUCACAACUCCAUCGUAAACACGAUGGCGGUCAAUCCGGAGGGCGUGUUAGUUUCCGGAGGCGACAAUGGGACCAUGUUCUUCUGGGAUUGGCGCACCGGGUAUAACUUCCAGCGCUUCCAGGCGGCGGUCCAGCCGGGUUCGAUGGACAGCGAGGCGGGAAUCUUUGCCAUGACGUUUGACAUGUCCGGUUCGAGGCUCAUCACGACCGAGGCUGACAAGACCAUCAAGAUCUACAAGGAGGAUGACGAGGCUUCGGAGGAAUCGCAUCCGGUCAACUGGCGGCCGGAGAUCAUCAAGCGAAGGAAGUAUUAGGAGCGAGGGCAUGUGAUUUGUGUGCAAAUUGACCUUGAUUUUUUAAUAUUACAGUUCUAAAGUGAA